GCUGGUUGUGUGGUGCAUUUGUGUUCACCGUUUCCUUCCCCAAUGGCCCACGGACAUCACGAUCACGGCGAAGAAGCCUCGACAAUUGCGUCGCGCCAAGCCCUCGCGGAUGCCCGUGUUCCGAUUGCGUACCGCGACCAGUGCGGGGGGAUUUUGAUUCCGUUGAACGAAUGCCGCCGAGAAACAGCAUUCGCGCCGUGGAAGUGCCAAGAUCUUCGACAUGCGUAUGAAAAGUGCCAAUACGACGAAUGGAAGAAGCGUUGCCAAAUCCUUAAGGAAAGCAAGAAGGCUGCGAAGUAAUGAAGCUUGUUAUCUCUCUACUUUUCAAGUGGAUGUAUACAUCGACAUGUGAUUUCGUUGAGCGAGCGCUCCAAGUUGGUUGUGCUCCACACUGAUCUCUUUCAAGCAGCGCUACCGUCAUACAAGCAUGUCUGGAAAUGCGCCACGGAUACCCCACCCACUCGUGCUGCUUCCAUACCCCUUUUCUCGUCAACUCGUUCUUCCUCAAAGCACAACUCUCCCCGAGGACGUUCAAACCUCCAGACCGUGGUGGCGUUGGUGCAUAAAGGAGCACUCGUGGUUUUAAGCUUGCUGCACUGCAAGUGCUUUGGGAAUGUACCAAAGAGCCCGUUCAAGGAGUGAUCUCGUCAGCUUAGCACCAGGUAGGCCUGUUGG